AUGGAAGUGACCACUGCUCUUGGUAACCAUCAAAAGUUAUUCCGUCUGAUACGGGAAACGGGCAGCAGGAGACCUGGUGUUAGUGAAACUACACGUGACGAUAGUGGACAGCCUAUCCACAAUUUGUCAAAAUGUUUGGAGCGUUGGGCUGAGCAUUUUGAAAAGCAAUUUAAUCGGUCGGAAUUGUUAGAUUUCUCGCCGGCCACUGAUCGCCCUGCUCCAUGGGGUGUCCCUUUGGAUCAACCCACUCGCUCAGAAGUCGAACAUGAGAUCGGACCGUUGAAGUUGAACAAAGCCGCGGGACCUGAUGAUCUUCCUCCAGCCAUCUUCAAAUUCGGGGGACCUGUUCUUGUGUAUGAUUUACAUCAAUUACUAGUCAAACUGUGA